AUGUUCAAUGAAAGUUUCUCCUUUGGCUCAUCACCAAUUGAACAUCAGCUACCACCGGCCGUUGACGAGUGUACCUCAUCCGACAUCUCCCCGUUUACCUCACGAUGCUCUUCACCACGCGAGGACCGGAGAGCCUCUUCUCAAAGAGACUCUCGCUUCGAUACGCACCGAUAUGUCGUCGCACCUCGACACCCUUCCGUGACGGCACUCACAGCACAAUUACAGUCCCACGCUCUCAAUGACACCGAGAUGAAGUCACCGUCGCUGUCGCCCAGCGAUCCUUGUUCACCUGCCGAUUCUGCAUGCGCAACUGACGUAGACGAAGGUUUUUAUGAUGGUCCGGAUACUCCAGCCACCACAGCGUCCGAUGAAUAUGAGUCGGCCGAAGUUGAUCCUACCUGGUGGGAUUUGAGCAUGUCCGACGCCAUGACAGCUACAUCAUCACCCCGACCAUCACUAUCACUUGAAGCACAGGCGCUGUCCUCGUAUACGAUGCGACGAAAGCAACGGCAAGCAUUGGUGAGGCUACAGUGUUUGGUAUCACGGGCGCCAGAUCUUGCUAUGUUGAUUGAAGAAUGCCAUCCGAGUUCACUACCUCUUGGUAACGACACGGCGAGACUGACGAAUGGGAGGAGCGAUUCGACGAGCGGGCUUUCAGGGUUGGGAACAGCUGAAAUUAUGAACACCGGACGGAUCGAGAAAAGUCGAAGCGGUUCAAUUGCCACGGUCAGAAAACCAGCCAGGAUGAGGAAGAGAACCAGUCCCUAG